AUGACGGAGUACAGGUCGCCGCCGACUAUGAAUCUCUGGACUGACGACAACUCUUCCGUCAUGGAGGCCUUCACGAGCUCAUCCGACCUCUCCUCCCUGUGGCUUCCUACGCCGCAAUCCGCUGCCUCAACCACCACUCCGGGAACCGACAACGCCAGAGCCCCGCCGCCACCUCCCCCACCCCAGUCCCAUUCCCUCCUCAACCAGGAGACCCUACAACAGCGCCUGCAGACGUUGAUCGAAGGCGCUAGGGAGAGCUGGACCUAUGCUAUUUUCUGGCAGACUUCUUAUGACUACUCCUCCGGCACUACCCUUCUUGGUUGGGGCGACGGCUACUACAAGGGCGAGGAGGACAAAGGAAAAGGCAAAGUCCCCAAAGCGACGUCGUCUUCGGAGCAGGACCACCGCAAGAAGGUUCUCCGGGAACUCAAUUCCUUGAUUUCCGGUCCUUCCGCUUCCGCUGAUGACGUAGACGAAGAGGUAACUGACACUGAAUGGUUUUUUCUAGUGUCCAUGACUCAGUCUUUUUUCAACGGCAGCGGCCUCCCGGGCCAGUCAUUUUUUAACUCCAGCCCGGUUUGGGUCGCCGGCGCAGACCGGUUAUCCGAAUCGGUCUGCGAGCGGGCCCGCCAGAGCGAGGUAUUUGGACUUCAGACUCUGGUCUGCAUACCCUCCGCAAAGGGCGUCGUUGAGCUGGCCUCCACGGAGGUGAUUUUCCAGAACUCUGAUCUGAUGAACAAAGUGCGGGAUUUGUUCAACUUCAACAACCCAGAGGCUGGUUCAUGGCCGUUGAAUUGUGUUGCCACCGAUCAGGGAGAGAACGACCCUUCCUCGCUCUGGCUCAAUCCUUUUUCCAGUCUGGAAAUAAAGGACUCCUCUAACGCCGUUGCUCCCGCUUCAGGGAAUGCAACAGCUGGCAAAACGACGCCGUUCGAAACCCCUGGUUCAAGUACUCUAACGGAAACCCCUAGUGCUGUCACCGCUGCUGCUCGCGUCCCCAACCCGAAGAGCCAGGGUUUAUUCCCGAGGGAAUUGAACUUCUCCAACUCCUUAAAACCCGUAUCUGGUGAAAUUCUGAGCUUCGGAGAGAGCAAGAAGAGCUCUUACAAUGGGAGUUACUUCCCCGGUGUUGUAGCUGAGGAGACCAACAAGAAGAGAAGGUCUCCUGUUUCUCGCAGUAGCAUUGACGAUGGGAUGCUGUCCUUCACCUCCGGCAUUAUCCUGCCGGCCUCCAAUGUAAAAUUAGGCGGUGGUGGUUCUGGAGGCGGUGAUUCCGAUCACUCGGAUCUGGAAGCUUCCGUGGUGAAAGAAGCGGACAGCAGGGUGGUGGAACCCGAGAAACGGCCCCGGAAGAGGGGACGAAAGCCGGCGAACGGCAGAGAUGAGCCGCUGAAUCACGUGGAAGCGGAGAGGCAGAGGAGAGAAAAGCUGAAUCAAAGGUUCUACGCGCUUCGUGCGGUGGUUCCCAACGUGUCGAAGAUGGACAAGGCAUCACUCUUGGGCGAUGCCAUAUCCUACAUAAACGAGCUGAAGUCGAAGCUGAAUGGGCUCGAAUCGGAGAAAGGGGAAUUGGAAAAGCAAUUGGAUUCGGCAAAGAAGGAGCUUGACCUGGCAACUAAAACCCCUUCUUCUCCUCCUCCACCUGGACCACCUCCAUCUGAUAAAGAAGAGAAGAAAACGACGAGCAAGCUCAUUGAUUUGGAGGUAGAGGUGAAGAUCAUAGGCUGGGACGCGAUGAUAAGAAUCCAAUGCAGCAAGAAGAACCACCCUGCGGCAAGGUUGAUGGCGGCGUUGAAGGACCUGGACCUGGACGUGCAUCACGCCAGCGUGUCCGUGGUGAAUGAUUUGAUGAUCCAACAGGCCACGGUCAACAUGGGAAACCGAUUUUACACGCAAGAACAGCUCCUGUCGGCGCUCUCGUCCAAAAUAGACGAUGCACGAUAA